GAGUCUAGAGGGGCGGGGCGGAAGUGGAGAUCCGGAUCCGGAGCGGCUGAAAGGCGGAAGUGGAGGCCGGAGCCUGGGACACCGCCGGGGGGGAGAGAAGCGGAGCCCGUUCGAGCGCCGGCUCCAAGUAACGCCGCCGCCCCUGAGCCGCCAGUAUCACUCUGUGCCCCAGGCUGGAGUACAGUGGCAUGCUCACAGCCAAUGCAGCCUCGACCUGCUGGGCUCAGGUGAUUCUUCCUCCUCAGCCUUCCAAGUAGUUGGAACUACAGUCGGAGGUCUCCUCCCCACUAAGUGCCUCUUUGCUUAGCACUGGCCCCGCCUGCGCUCUCUGGUACCACUGCAACUGGACGGGCCAUGGCGGGUCGGGGAGGCGCAGCACGACCCAACGGACCGGCCGCUGGGAACAAGAUCUGCCAAUUCAAGCUGGUUCUGCUGGGGGAGUCUGCGGUGGGCAAAUCCAGCCUCGUCCUCCGCUUUGUCAAGGGACAAUUUCAUGAGUACCAGGAGAGCACAAUUGGAGCGGCCUUCCUCACACAGACCGUCUGCUUGGACGACACAACAGUGAAGUUUGAGAUCUGGGACACAGCUGGACAGGAGCGGUAUCACAGCCUGGCCCCCAUGUACUACCGGGGGGCCCAGGCUGCCAUCGUGGUCUAUGACAUCACGAACACAGACACUUUUGCACGGGCCAAGAACUGGGUGAAGGAGCUGCAGAGGCAGGCCAGCCCCAACAUUGUCAUUGCACUCGCAGGGAACAAGGCGGACCUGGCCAGCAAGAGAGCUGUGGAGUUCCAGGAAGCACAAGCCUAUGCAGAUGACAACAGUUUGCUGUUCAUGGAGACAUCAGCAAAGACUGCAAUGAACGUAAAUGAGAUUUUCAUGGCCAUAGCUAAGAAGCUUCCCAAGAACGAGCCCCAGAAUGCCGCUGGUGCUCCAGGCCGAAACCGGGGCGUGGACCUGCAGGAGAACAACCCAGCCAGCCGGAGCCAGUGCUGCAGCAACUGAGCCCUGCCUGCUGCUGCCCCCGGCUCCUCCGCCUGACGGCCCGACUGGAAUCCACUCUAACCAAUCGCACUUAACGACUCGGGCCACCACUGGGGGGCAGGGAGGGUCCCUGUGAUUUCUCCGUGUACUUUUGAUCAUAGGCCGGAGUGAGUUCUUCCACCUGCACCUUCUGUACAAAUACUAAUUCAGUUUUCAGUCUUAAGUCACUUUUUUAAUAUGUAUGAUCUGCUCUCCCACCUCCUCCCCUUCUGUGCUCCCUUACCUUUUCCCUGCUGGUCAUAGCCACAUGCUCCUGUCCUCCACCCUUGUACCUGCGGACGAGCGUGGGAGCAGCUGCCCUCUCUCCCUCUUGCUGGACAGCGGACUCGGCAGGGGCACCCCGCCCUCCCCUGUCUGAAGUGGUCCUGGCUGGGGCAGCGGGCAGGCCUUGGGGCUCGGAGAGGCUCCGGCAGCCCUUCCCUCCCUGGCUGUUGUGGGGUUGCAGCCCCCUCCCACCCCGGCUCCCUGCUGGGAGAGAAGCCACAUCAUUUCCACAACAUCAUUGUGACAGCCACGAGCCCAUGGCCCCACAGCCCCUUACCCUCAGUCACCCUGACCUCUGGCUCUGAGCCCUGUUCUGACCAAAUCACGAUGAUGAGUAUUUGGGGGUGGGUGGGUAUGGGGGGGGAGUGGGAGGGGACGGAACCAAUUUUUUCUGUAUUUUGUAUUGUAUGUUUUCUUCAACAUGUAACCAAUCAGUAUCUUGUCAAUAUAGUCAGCCGAUCGAUUGA